CGCCAAUCUCGCGAGGUUUGCGCUCCUAAUCCCGUUAGCCGCGAUAGCCGUUGUGCUAGCGGAGUGGUUGCAGUGAGUCAGUCCGCAGUGCGCGCAGCGGAGGCCGGCAGCGCUCCAGCCUGCUUCACCCGAACGCAAACAAGAAAAGCAAGAUGAACGUCGGUGUGGCCCACAGUGAAGUCAACCCAAACACCCGUGUGAUGAACAGUCGAGGGAUAUGGCUGACAUAUGCGCUCGGCGUAGGAAUGCUUCACAUUGUACUGUUGAGCAUUCCUUUCUUCACUGUUCCUGUUGUGUGGACCCUCACAAAUGUUAUUCACAAUUUUGGUAUGUAUGUGUUUAUGCAUGCAGUGAAAGGGACACCAUUUGAAACCCCAGACCAGGGCAAGGCAAGACUUCUCACACACUGGGAACAGCUGGACUACGGCGUGCAGUUCACAUCAUCUAGAAAAUUCUUUACAAUCUCACCAAUCAUUUUGUAUUUUCUCGCCAGCUUUUACACGAAAUACGACACAGCUCAUUUUGUGAUAAACACAGCUUCGCUUUUGAGUGUUCUCAUCCCAAAACUGCCACAACUCCAUGGAGUCAGGAUCUUUGGAAUAAACAAGUAUUAAGGCCAGUGUUCAGAGGGCACAGACCAACUCGGAGCUGUUGCCUGAUGUGGGAGAGGAGAUAACCCUUUGUACUUUGUACCGCACUUGUGUACACUUAGCAGUUUUGUACAGUCUGUGUAAUUGUGAGUCUCUUUGUUUGAUAUAUCUUGAGAAAUUGUUGUAGGGACAUGUUAGGAGGACAAUUCCACAAGCAUUAAUAACUUAAGAUAUUUAAUGUGUUUUCGUUAGUUGUUUUGUGGUCCUUGUGGAUCUGGGCUGGCCCAGGUUUCAUGGUUGUUAUUUUUUUUUUUUUCUCCGUUAAUUAGUUUUUGUUUGUUCAAAUGUGCUCACAGCACUGAUACACUAAGAUAGUUUUAUGCUUUUAGCGUCACUUCACAUUUCUGAAUACAUUCAUAGAUAAUUCCAUGAAUUGACAAAAUGUGUUUUUAGAAUCAUUUAAAAGCCAUGAAACCGUUCUGCUGUUUCGUUAAUGUUAUCAUUGCUUCAGAGACAAAUAAAAAGUCAGUUUGCAUGA